CAGUCACAAUGGUGCAUGGUUACUGGUGCUUGGUGGCGAAUAGACAUUGCAGCGGUACCAAACGAACUGUCGCAUACAAAAAGAAUCGUCUGGAUUGUUAUUUUGAUCGUUGGUCUCGUCUGUUCUGUAUCCUUGGUGUGGGCUACAUUUAUCAAAUUUUACAGAGCUCCUUUGGUAAUGACACAAAUGCCUGAAGGUGUAUCUGUCAGCAAGAUAAUCUUUCCGGCCGUGGGCAUUUGUUCCAAUAACAGAAUAAGUAAACGUGCUGUUACCAAACUUGCGAAAGAAUUAUUAAAAGAGGAACGCAAUAAGAAUUAUAAUGAAGAAGAGAUGUUGUCUUUUUUAUUCGGUCUCGGUCAAUUGUAUGAUUAUCAGCCGAUCAAUAGCAAUGCCGUUCCGCAUAUGAAACUUCAUCGGAUUUUGGGUGAAUAUGAUGUCCAGGAUUUAAUGCGAAGCUUAACACCUCGGUGCGAAGAUCUUCUAGUCCGAUGCGUUUGGAACACCGAACCGAAAAACUGUCUCGAGUUAUUUGACUUUCGUCUAACUAUGAAUGGUUAUUGCUGCACGUUUAACUAUCUGCGGGUUUACGACAGCAUUUUUCUCGGUAAGGACAGUCGAACUCGCAACAUAGAUAUGUAUAAAUACGGUAACAAAUCAAGUUUCGACUUCGAUCAAGGGCUCAAAGUGCUACUGAGGUUGAAUGAAAGUGAUGAUUUCUAUUAUAACAUACCUCUACAAGGCGCACAGUUAACAUUCUCUGACGCGUACGAUUUCCCCGAUGCUCCCAGCGGGAGUUAUGCAAUGCAGAUUAUUAAUCCAAGCGUACAAAUGACGGUCAUAGUAACAGCUAGCUUCACGGAAGCUUCUAGAGAUAUCCAACAUAUUCCUAUAAAACUCAGAAAAUGUCGGUUCUACGAUGAGUCAACUUAUUUGCCAUUUUACACGUAUAGUGACUGUGCUUUGAAGUGUAGAAUGUCAUUUCUGCUCAACAAAUGCAACUGCACACCGUUUAAUAUGCCGAAAAUGGUCAACUCGAGAACGUGUGAUAUGCGUGAUGUUCCUUGUCUUAGAAUAUAUAAAGCACAAUCAAUUAAUAUUCGACCCGAUGUAGAGCAAGUGCCAUUAGAGCUAGAGCUGGAUAUGGUAGGCGGUGGAAUUUCCUGCCCCAUGUGCUGUCCAACAUGUUCCAAAACAACCUACAGCUACGAAUUCAACAACGUACUAAUUUACCCAGACGAUCUCAAUACUGUUCCAGACUACGACAGGGAGGAUUGGUUACAAGGCGCGAAUUUCACCGGAACUUCAAUCGUGCAUGUAAAAUAUGCGCGAGAUGUGGCAGACUGUUAUGGGCUGAACGUCAUAAUGAAAUGGUUUGAUUUGAUUAGUAAUAUUGGCUCUACAUGUGGAUUCGUAACGGGUUUCAGUUUCGUAUCCAUUUUAGAGUUCGUCUACUUUUUUACUGUAAAAUUGAUAAGGGAUAUUAAUACCCGAAGACGUGGCAAAGUCGUGGCUGUGUACACUGUCGAGGGCGAUGCCCAAGGCGUCUAUGAACCGAUUGAACGAUAUCGAUCGUUAUAUUGGAAUGAAAUAAGCAAUGCGACAAAAUAUAGCCAGGUUACUCCAUUUCAAUAAAAAAUUAUUUAUAUUACUUAUAUUUAUA